AUGAUUGCGCUCGGCCUCGAAGGCAGCGCCAACAAGCUCGGCGUGGGCAUCAUCUCGCACCCUGCGCCUGGCAAAGAGCCCAUCGUCCUCGCAAACCUGCGGCACACGUACAACUCGCCGCCCGGCGAAGGUUUCCUGCCCAAAGAUGUCGCGCGCCACCACCGUGCUUGGGUCGUCCGCCUCGUGAAGCAAGCCAUGCGCCAGGCCGGCCUAUCUCCUGCCGACCUUGACUGCAUCUGCUACACCAAAGGCCCUGGCAUGGGCGCCCCGCUACAGAGCGUCGCUAUUGCCGCGCGAACGCUGUCGCUCAUGUGGGACAAGGAAUUGAUUGGCGUGAACCAUUGCGUAGGACACAUCGAAAUGGGUCGCGCCAUCACCGGUGCUCAGAACCCUGUCGUCCUCUACGUUUCCGGCGGAAACACCCAAGUCAUAGCCUAUGCAGCACAGCGCUAUCGUAUAUUUGGCGAGACGCUCGACAUAGCCAUUGGAAACUGCCUCGACCGCUUUGCGCGCACACUACGCAUACCGAACGACCCCGCCCCGGGCUACAACAUCGAACAGCUGGCGAAGAAAGGCAAGCAUUUACUUGAUCUUCCGUAUGCCGUCAAAGGAAUGGACGUUAGUUUCUCUGGAGUCAAGGCGGCAAUUGACGAGCUUGCUGUCAAGAUUGAUGAAAGUCUUCCCGAGGAUCAAAGACUGAAAAGCGAAGAAGAUGGCGAGCUUAUAACGCCCGCUGAUUUGUGUUUUUCUUUGCAAGAGACCAUUUUCGCAAUGUUGGUCGAAAUUACAGAGCGUGCUAUGGCGCAUGUUGGGUCUACGCAGGUCCUUAUCGUGGGAGGCGUAGGUUGCAAUGAAAGGCUGCAAGAGAUGAUGGGCCUGAUGGCAAGAGACAGAGGUGGAAGUGUCUAUGCGACGGAUGAGAGGUUCUGCAUCGAUAACGGCAUCAUGAUAGCCCACGCUGGGCUGUUGGCACACGAGACUGGCGUCAAGUUGCCAUUUGAGGAGACCACCUGCACACAAAGAUUCCGAACAGACGAGGUGUUUGUGAAAUGGAGGGACUAA